ACAAUCUCUGAGAAAUUUCAUGCUAUUAUGGACGUUCCAAUAGCAGCAAAUGUUCUUGGGACGAUUGGCGCAGUAUGUUGGUCAAUCCAGGUAUUUUCACUCCCAACAACCUCCAAUAUAUUGAUUACUGAAAACCAUCACAGCUUAUUCCUCAAAUCAUUAUCAACUAUCGUCGACAUAAUACUAUAGGUCUCCAAAGAUCAAUGAUGCUGCUUUGGGCAAUUGCAGGCGUACUUUUGGGUGCAUACAACAUCUCUGGAGGUUUCAAUAUUGCGCUCAGAAUCCAGCCUCAAAUUUUGACUGUGCUGAGUUUAAUUACUUGGGGCCAGUGUUUUUAUUAUGAUGAUGUGAGAGUCUGCAGAAUUAUAUUUCGUGAUAUCAAGAUACUGAUUUGUUUGGUAGAAAUGGAGCUCUUGGAAAUGCACUGCACUUCUCUCUAUCACUGGGCUGAUAUUCGGUGGAAUAGAAGCUGGGUUGAUAUUUGCUCUCAAAGCAGGUACUGAUCAGGGAAGACGCUGGCCAGUCAUCUUCGUUGGCGUGCUUUCUACAGUUCUUUUAUCAGCUGGUGUCUUGAGGCAUUACUAUGAUAUAUACAUCCAUCGGACUGUCCGUGGAAUAUCAUUUAUUUUCGUUGCAAUUGAUGCCGCUGGUGACGUGUUCUCCCUGAUUUCAGUUUGUAUGUAUAUGUACCGCAAUCUUGAAGUCUUCAAUGCUUGCUAACACAAAUAGUUUUCCAACCCAAGCUUGAUAUUCUUGGUAUGGUUAUAUAUGCCACCGAGUUUGUUUUGUGGUGUGGAGUAUUUGCUUGUGGUGGAUAUUUCAACCUGCUUCCAUGGGUCCAACAAAAGUUGAGCAAUCGUGCCUAUCGAUCACAAAUUCAGCAAGACUCAGAACUCCAGUCAGCAGGAGAUCACGUAUCAGCAGCCCCACAAGACAUGUCUCUCCAUGAGAUUGGGUCCUCAACGUCAGUAUUUCGAACACCGAGCUCUGUUGCAAGUUCACGGCUUUCAGCCAGACUGGCGGCAUGAGCGUAUGGUAAUGAUUCCUCCUAUUGCGAUCAUCUUCUUGGUACAUGUCAAAAUUCCAUUGAAAGAGAAAUGCAGCUGGUUACAGCUUAGCUAUCUCCCUAUGCUCCAAGUCCUUCGCCUCCACAAAAGGGAAUAGCGGGAAUCCAUUUCAUCUCCAACAUCUUCUUCUCAAUAAUUUCCUCCUUAUGAGCCUCCAUAACCUCAUGAUCCCAAUUCACAGAGGUAAUCAAGCCCUUAAGAUAAUCCGCUCUCGGCUGAGCGAAGUACAAAGCUUGAAGACCGGUCAGAUCAGCAUGGUCGAUCGCAAACGGUAGCCAAAACUCCUCCGACAUCUCCGACUUCACGAUUCCUGGCAUCGUCAUGAACAUCCUGAGAGUAGGGUACUCUAUCAAAACCGUCAAUUCGCUUCUCAAAGCAUAGUUGGCAGCGCUUGACAUACCUGCUUGAACAUGUUGAACAAGACCUUGCAUCGCCAAUUUGCUGACAUCAUAACUCGAGCCUUUCGGAACCAUGACUCCCACACGACCAGUGAGGACCGUAAUAAUCGUUCCAACAGGCUUCUCCGUGUGUUCUUGCGAAUUAAUCCAAUGAUUCAACAUAAUUACCAGUCCCUUAAGAUUAAUCUCCUAUUCCCAAAUUCAUUAACAACAUCCUCACAACCUUCCUCUCCAAACCCAAACCCAACCAUAAACAUAGAACCAUAAAUAAACUCACAUAAACCCUCCAAUACUCCUCAACACCAUGCUCCGCAAACAUCUUCGUAUCAUCCAGUGCCCCCGCAUUAUUCAACAACACAUCCGCGUUCCGCCCAAAGGUCUUUUUGACCUCCGCGUACAACGCUAUGACGUCGCUUUCAUUGGCGAUAUCGCAUUUCACGGCUAGAACGAUGGUGUCUUUGUUGAGUGCCUCGAUUUCUGUUUUUACGAUUUGCAGACGUUCGAGGCGUCGGCCGACGAGGACGAUUCCGUGGGCGCCCGCGCGGGCCCAGACUUUGGCUGCGGCCUGAGGGGAAUUCUGUUAGAAUUUUAUGUCAUCUGUCAUCUUCCCUUCCAUCUCCUCAGCUCAUUCUUAUUCUUUUUCCCAUCUAAGUUCCAUCUCUUGACAACACACCUCACCCCAAAACAGCCGAACAGCAAAACACACAAAUCAGACGCAGAAAGGUAGAAACUCACAGCACCAAUCCCACUUCCCGCUCCCGUAACGAUAAUCACCUUCCCCUCCUGUCGAUUUUCCGCUUUCUCGGGUGAGAGGAAGGGGUAAGGAUCGCGAUGGAUGGUUUUCGUGAAGGAGAAGGGGGUGGUCCAUUGGUUGGGGUCGACAUGGUAAGUCGUCAUGGUGGAAGAUUUGCUCAGUUCUAUGGUGAGUGGAAGAUAGAAAAUGGAAGAUGGAUUAUGUGUGUUUGAUGUUUGAGGAGAUGUUGAGAUGAUGGUUGGUGAUGGGGUGGAUAAUUGAUAUGAAGAGAAGUUUGAUUGUUUGAUAGGAUGAUGUAGGUAGGUGAGUUUUCAUUUAUUCACUUAUGGUCAGUCUUAUACCCAAGCAAAUGAAAAUAAAAUGCAUUUCUAAUCAUGAUCAUCAUCACGAUCUC